AUGACCGUCACCAUUUUGGAAACACUGCUUAACAUUGCCAAACUACACAGCGACCAAACACCAGACUCUCUCAGCCAAACCACACCGGGAUCAAACAUGCUGUUCCAGCUCCAGCGUCUGAUUCUGCCCUGGUCUGUUCUGAUUCUGCCCUGGUCUGUUCUGGUUCUGCCCUGGUCUUUCCUCCUGCUCUCACAAGAUGGAGAGUGUGCUGCCGAUUGCAAUUUCAGCAUUAAGCCCAUCAAUCCUACGGUUCCGCUGGGUUCUGCCAUCAACAUCACCUGCUCCACAGACUGUCCGGGUGCCACAGUAAAAUUUGGGCCAAGAACAGAAAAUACUGACGCUACAAUAACGGAAGGAGAACAAGAGAAAACAAUGCAGUUCAAAUCCGUCGUGUGCGAGGAUGAUGGAAUACACACCUGCACACUCCAACCCAUAAAUGGAACGAAGGAAAAGAUAGAGACACAACUUACUGUCGCCUCUGUCUCCUGUGGCUAUGAAUUUACAGGCACAACUCCAGUCACCACACAACUCAGCCCACAGGAACCACACAGCACACAGGAACCACACAGCACACAGGAACCACACAGCUCUGGGACGCCUGUAUGGAUUAUGCCCCUGUGUCUUGUCCUGGGAUGUUCAGCCAUCGUCGUGUUUGGCGCCUACUUAUUUAUGAAAAAGAAGAAACAGGCAAACAGUGCCUCAGCAAGUGAUCCAUCCUCACUCCCCCUACCAUAA